AGAAAACUAACAAUUACUAAUGGCUGUAUUCAAAUUAGCAUCUAGCAAAGCCAGAAUGACGUUCAGUAACACCAGUGAAUUAUAUCACCAGGUCUUCAAAGUGGUGGUUGAGGACAUGACAAGAUGCUGGUUUGUCUUAAGACGGUAUCAAGAAUUCCUUGCUCUUCAGGAAAUAAUCAAGCUCAAGGUACGUCAUAGGAAGUUCCACGAACCGCGUGUCACUCUCCCACUACAAGACACAGCGGAGCGCCCAUUACUCAAUUCCUUUAUCCGGGCUGUUAUGGGAGAUCCUAGAAUCGUAGCUGUACCGGAGGUUCGCGAAUUCCUGCAGCUCGACAGAUUCAGAAGGUCGAGUACCACAGAUACGUCCAGCAGUUCGAGUGAUUCUGCAGGAUCGCCGGACUCCAGCCCUUCUUCUGUAGUAUUGGAUCCUAGCCGUCUUAUGCCGCCAUUAGCACCAGCGCUUGCAAGGAAACAAGUGUUGACUAACCACAGGAAAAAGUCUGGCAAGGACGAUAUAUCCUCUUCGCUGGACUCUGAAAAAGACAUAGAUCUCGGGUGUACAAAGAAAUCACUAACUCCCGGAGACUUCGAAUUCUUGAGCGUAGUCGGAAAGGGAAGUUUCGGACGAGUGAUGCUUGCCAGAUACCGCCAGGACAAUAAAGUUUACGCUGUGAAGGUGCUGAACAAGAAGAUGAUAAUCCGGAGGAACGAGACGGCCCACGUGCUGAGCGAGAGGUCGGUGCUGAUCCAGGUGAUGGAGCACCCGUACCUCGUCACGCUGCACUUCGCCUUCACGACGCACCAGAAAAUCUUCUUCGUCCUGGAUUACGUCAACGGCGGGGAGCUGUUCUUCCACCUGCAACGGGAACGCGUGUUCAUGGAGACGAGAGCCAAAUUCUACGCUGCCGAGAUCUGCUGCGCUCUCACGUACAUGCAUACGAAGGGAAUCGUGUACCGCGACCUGAAGCCCGAGAACAUCCUGCUGGACACGGCGGGCCACAUCGUCCUCACCGACUUCGGCUUGUGCAAGGAGGGCCUCCUGCACUCCUCCUCCAAGACGUCGACCUUCUGCGGGACUCCGGAGUACCUGGCGCCGGAGAUCCUGAAGAAGCAGCCGUACUCCCGCGCCGUCGACUGGUGGACGUUGGGCGCCGUGCUGUACGAGAUGCUGUACGGCCUCCCGCCCUUCUACUCCCGCGACACGCACGCCAUGUACAGCGCCAUCCUGACCAAGCCGCUCAAGCUGAAGGCCACAGUCAGCAAGAAAGCGAGAGGCAUCUUGGAAGGGCUCCUUCAGAAGGACCCGCGUGACAGGCUCGGCGCGGGGCUCUUGGACGGAGAGGACGUCAAGAAGGACGAGUUCUUCAAGGACAUCGACUGGGACAAAGUGGAGAAGAGAGCCAUGACGCCGCCCUUCGUGCCUUCGGUGAGCAGCGAAACGGACACGCGAAAUGUCGACCCGAUGUUCACCAAGGAGGCCGUCAUAGGUCAGUCUCCGGCCUCGCCCCAAGGACUGUCGGCCUCCGUGCAAGCUGUCGACCACGUCUUCCAGGGCUUCAGCUAUGCCCCGCCCCUCGAUCUGGAUGACCAAUGGGAGGCGGCGUGAGCAUGCUGGGAAAUAGCUGUGCUUCGGCCACUUCGAGGUUGAGCUCACGUGUGCAGCUUCAGGACCUAUUUUUGAGGUUGUUAAGCCCCAACCCUUAUAGCUGGUCGGGGCUCAGGCUUGCAGAAGCUUUGGGUCGGUCAGUCAGUUGGAGAGACCAGGUGGAAUGAAGCUUCAACAAACUGAAAAGGCUUUCCAAAAGAGUUGAAAAUUAUGGUGACCAAGUGGAAUGUUGAAGAAAGGAAGUGUAUAUAUGUGAAGGGUAUUAUUUUUAUAUAAACGAAUAACAAAAAGAAAAAAUAUAUAUAUAAACACAUUCUAAAAAAGUGAUAGAAACUCCUCAGGCAGAAAAACGUUCUCCUUGGGGUUCUUCAAGGGUAAUGGACAAAUGGUUGUGUCUUUGUAAAUAAUGUGUUCUACAUUAUGAUUUCUGUUUUACGAGAAAGACCAGUGAAUUCAUGAGUGAUUUUCAGGAGAGACAAACGUGUAUAACUUAUGAUAUUCGAUUGUCAUUAUUAUUCCAACAGGUGUAGGAGUGCACAGAAAAACACCUGAUUAUCGAAUUACGAUUUUUUUAUGGACAUGAAGAUGACAAGUAAAUCAGCAGAAACGUGCUUGGAUUGUGAUUUUUAACACACAUUGGAAAUUGCUUAGUAUUAGAUACUUUUUUACUGCGAACAAGGAAAAUGGAAGCAAGGAAGAGAGAGAGAGAGAGAGCGGGA